GGCGGGCGAGUGGCCAUGGCGUGGUUACUAGGGCCGUUCUGAGGAGGCUUGCUUUUUUUCUGUCGCAUUCGGGAGAGGGUGGCCGUGCGUGCUGCCGCCGCUUCGGCGAUGAUGAAGGGCGCGCUGGCCAGCCCCGUGGCCGCCGCCACAACCAUGCAGGAGAGUUUCGGAUGUGCCGUCGCCAACCGCUUCCACCAGCUGCUCGACGACGAGUCCGACCCCUUCGAUAUCCUCCGCGAGGCUGAGCGGCGCAAACAGCAAAGCAAGAAGCGCGAAGAAGCGGCCGUCCCGACCAGCAGGAGGCCCGGCCCUGGCGGAGCCGCUGGCGCCUCGGCGGCCAAAAGGGAAUCUCAGAAAGAACGCAAGGGCUCCCCGCUCCUGCAGCCGGAGAGCCCCCCAGCGUCCGGCCAGAAACGAGCUCCAAAAAGGGGGGAACAGCAGGGAUGGAAUGAAAACAGAAAUACAGAGGUGAAGCAAGAUAAAGCUGAAUGGAGACCUUUCCGGGAAUAUCGUCCUCAAGAGAUGGAAAGACAAGUGGAGUUUGCUCUAGAAAGACCGAUGGACCGAUUUGAACGGGAAAGACCAAUGAGAGGUCGUGGAGGAGGAAGAGGUAGCCUGCGGGGCAGAGGAAGAGGUGGUGGAAUGAAUAGGACUUUUAAUGGCUUUGAUCAGAGAGGAAAACGGGAAUUUGACCGGCAGAGUGGGAGUGACAAAACAGGAGUCCGAGCAGAAGACAAAAGGGGUGGAAGUGGACCUCGCAACUGGGGAGCAGUUAAAGAUGAUCUGAGUGAGUUGGAACAGACUGCUCCUAUGGAAGAGACUGCAGAAACGGAGGAAAAUUCAGGAGCACCUGAGGGAGAAACUCCAGCUAAAAUUGCUGAAGGAGAGCCAGUGGAAGAAGUAGUUCAAGAGAUGACACUGGAUGAAUGGAAAAAUCUUCAGGAACAAAAUCGACCAAAGCCUGAAUUCAACAUCCGGAAGCCUGAAACCACUGUCCCUUCCAAAGCAGUGGUGAUUCACAAGUCAAAAUAUAGAGAUGAUGUCUUGAAGGAGGAUUUUGAGGAUGAGUCCCACUUUUUCCGUAAAGCAGCAAAUGACAUCACUUCUCAGCUGGACAUUAAUUUUGGAAAUCUGCCUCGUCCUGGGCGUGGAGCGAGAGGAGCACGAGGUGGGCGUGGGCGCGUCCGGAGAGUGGAGGACUCGGGACCCAGGCCAGAAGUGAUGACAUACACCAGUGCUCCAAACCCUGAUGACCCUGAGGAUUUUCCUGCUUUAGCUUGAAAGAACUGAAUGGCACCUCCAAAAGUAGCCGUGAAGAUACCAGUUCUAUGUUGCUGUGGGAGCGAAUCAUCCAAGUCUACAGAGAGAAAUGACUUUUGUGUGUGAAUUUUGCACUUCUAUUGUGUUAAGAACCUAGACAUAUCCAGUGGGCUAUGAGGCAAGGUCCAGCACCACUGUUCUUGGAUUAGCAGUGUGCAGGCUUAUGGUAUCGUACGCGAAGGGUUUCAAAUAAAGGUUCAAGAUGAUGGUGUCAAA